GUCUGACUAUUCGUUAACUAACCGUCUGUCUGCCGAAACCGAAUCGUGAUUCGUGAAUCGUUAAUAGUGAGUGGUGAUAAUUCUUCAAAAUGGAUGGAAGUAAAAUGUUUUGUGGUACUAUAUUAUCAAUUUUUAUCAUUUAUACAGUUAAAGAUCUCUUUGUAGAAACGAGCGCAGAAAAGGAAAUACCAGUUACUAAAGUUGGUUUAAGUACAAACGUUGGACCUACGCUGAAAUUUUUAUACUGUUAUUCCUGUGGGUACAGAAAAGCUUUUGAUGAGUACACCGCCAUUCUACACAAAAAGUAUCCAGAAAUCAGUAUCGAGGGAGGCAAUUAUGAGCCACCAGGUUACUCCAUGCAUCUUGCAAAGUUUCUGGGUCUGGGCAAGCUGUUGGUGAUCGUCUGUAUCCUGACAGGUCUGAACCCAUUCCGAUAUGCUGGUGGAGACACGCCCACUUGGUGGCUUUGGUGUGUGGAAAACAAGUUGUACGCAUGUCUAAUGAUCUUCUUCCUCUGCAAUGCGCUUGAAGGUCAUCUCGUGUCUACUGGAGCAUUUGAGAUUUCGCUUAACGACAUGCCUGUGUGGUCCAAGCUGGAGACAGGGAGGAUCCCACAGCCACCAGAGCUGUUCCAGAUCAUCGACAACCACAUGCAGUUUGACGACAACACAAUCGAAUUGAAGGCCGGUUUCGCCAAGUGAACUCCCGGCAGGACUCUGAAGAAUUUGUGAUAAUACUACCUAGUGCAAUGGACUCCAUUACCGUAUUUAUUCCUUGCUCAUUGUCCUGCCUUUUGUAAUUUAGAUUUACAACAUUGCACGUUACCUAACAUCAAUAUUUUGCUUCUGACGUAGAGUGGCAAUAAGAACAAUUGUUUUAGUUAAUAUUUUUAGAUAUUUUAGUAUUAUUUUUAAUUAGAAUUAUAAAUUUAUUGUUGCAUAUUUAGUUGCUUAUUUACUAUAUUUGAGCAAUGUAUUGAUAAUAAAAUUUCUAGUUGAUCAUUAAUUUUGUUGAUAACUCGAUUGUCUAUUUAUAUAUCAGAAAUACUAAUUAUUAUGGUUGAACCUAAUAACGAAUUUUAUUUAUUACUUUAGGUCAAUAAAUUAAUAGUCUUGAUCUAGUUAACUCAUUAUGGGUAAGUUUACGGCAGUUAAUUUCUAAGUUCACUCAUGAAUUUUUGUUGAUUAGUUUCUUAUUUAUUAUUGUUUAGAAACAAAAUGACAAUGAGUUCGACAAAUUAGUUAAGAUAUUUUAUUGUAAUUUAUUCUAUGAUAUGUAUAUGUAACUUGUAUAUGUUAUAUAAAUAAAGGUUAUGUACUUUAUUACACAA